CUUCGGGCGGAAUGUCUUAAGGUCACGUGACUCUCAACCUCCUUCCAUUUGAACAUUCAUCUGCCAUCAACCAACCAGAGUCAUGGCCGUCCAGGGCGCGUUCAAGGAGGAAACACCUUUGAACGCUUCUUGAUGAUUCAAAUCACUGCCAUCUCACACCCCUCCCGCCGGAACUCGGCAAAAUCUAUGUGAGUGGCGAUUGCCGAGGGCACCAGACGACGUCUUUAUAUACUCUGCUCUGGCAUCGAUCACGUUUAUUGACAGUCACAAAUCACAAUGUCUCCUUUCAAUGGGCACCAGGAGAAUGGCACAGCUCACGCCAACGGAGUCAAUCCAUUCAACAUCCCACUCAACCCCGACUACGCCUUUACUCCUCGAAAGCUCCGUGUCGUCACCAUCGGCGCGGGAUUCUCCGGCCUCAUGAUUGCCCACAAGUUCCAACAUCGAUUCCCCGAGAUGCAGGAGUAUGUCGAACAUGUCAUUUUCGAACGAAACCACGACAUUGGAGGCACCUGGCUCGCAAAUACCUAUCCGGGAGUUCAGUGUGACGUUCCCAGCCACAUCUAUGCAUUUCCGUUUGAUCCAAACCCGGAUUGGUCACGAUUUUAUGCCAGCGGUGGCGAGAUCCAAGAAUACAUCAAGCGUACGACGCGGAAGUGGAACUUGGAUCGAGACGUGAGGCUGAAUCACGAGGUUGUCGAAGCACGGUGGAUGGAGGAGGAUGGCCACUGGCGACUGACAGUGCAGCAUAACGGGCAGCAGGAAGUUCACUAUGCGGAUGUACUUUUGAGCGGCCAAGGCGUGCUUGUACACUACAAAUGGCCAACAAUCCCGGGCCUCGACUCCUUCAAAGGCCACAUGACUCACUCUGCGAAUUGGGAACACGACUACGAUUAUAGCAAUAAGCGGAUAGCUGUUAUUGGCAAUGGCUCAUCCGGAAUUCAGAUUGUCCCUAAAAUGCAGAAAUUGCCCGGCACCACCGUCACCAACUUCAUCCGCGGGCCCACCUGGGUCUACUACCGAGUCCCGCCUUCAAAGCAUCUGGGCCGGGAGACAGACGACCCCAAUCCUGCUUACACGGAGGAGGAGAAGCGGAAUUGGCGAGAAAAUCCCGAAGCGCUAAAGCAAUACCGAAAAGGCAUGAUUCACCGGACGAACAAAGCCUUUUCAAUGUUUGUCAAGGGUUCAAAAGGAGCCGACGAUGCCAUGGCGUUCGCAGCAGAGCAAAUGGGCGCCAAACUCGGCCACGAUUCCGACCUCUGCCGCAUGCUGAUUCCCGACUGGGAGGUGGGAUGUCGUCGAAUUACGCCCGGCCCCGGCUAUCUCGAAUCCUUUACGCAGCCAAAUUGCCACGUCACCAACAGUCGAAUCACUCGGAUUUCGGAAAAUGCUGUCCACACGGAGGAUGGCAAGGCCCAUGAAGUAGAUGUGGUAGUAUGUGCGACGGGCUUUGAUGUAUCACAUCGCCCGCACUACCCCAUCAUUGGCCGGAACGGUGUCAGCCUGGCCGAUGCCUGGAGCGUGGAACCCGAGUCGUACAUGUCCGUUGCCGCCGGGGAUAUGCCCAACAUGUUCAUCAUGAUGGGACCGAAUGCUGUCGUGGGCCAUGGCUCGCUGAUGGAGGCGUUGAACUGGACGGCGGAUUACUUUUGCAUGUGGAUUCGAAAGAUUGCCACGGAAGAUAUCAAAUCCAUCGCCCCGAAGCGAUCCGCGGUGGAGGCUUUUGUACGGUACGGCGAUGCCAUUCACGAGAAGCUCGUCUGGACAGGCAAUUGUGUGAGUUGGUAUAAAAAUGGGAGGAAAGAUGGGCGGGUUACGGCGUUGUUUGGCGGGAGUGCGGUGUUGUACCGACGACUGAUUGAGAAGAUCCGGGCGGAAGACUUUGACAUUGAGUAUCGCUCGGCGAAUCCGUUCAAAUUCUUGGGCAACGGCUUUACUGCGGAGGAGUUUGAUGAUGUGAGCGAUUUGUCAUGGUAUAUCGAGCAUUAAAUAAAGAAUCAGCUCAAAUCAGAUCAGAUCAAA